AUGGCACUGAAAUGGAUUAGUAGGGAACUUAGAGACUUGGCCCAUGACUCACCAGCACAACAUUCUGCAGGUCUGGUUGGAGAUUGCAUGUUUCAUUGGCGAGCAACAAUCGUGGGACCUAAUGACAGCUCAUAUCAAGGCAGCGUAUUGUUUUUAACAAUUAAUUUUCCUGCAGAUUACACCUUCAAAUCACCUAAGGUUGCAUUUACAACAAGAAUUUAUCAUCCAAAUAUUAAUAGUAAUGGCAGUAUUUGUCUUGAUAUUCUAAGGUCACAAUGGUCUCCUGCUGUAACUAUUUCGAAAGUUCUUUUAUCCACUUGUUCAUUGGUGUGUGACCCAAGCCCAUAUGACCUAGUACCAGAGAUUGCAUGGAUCCAGAACAGAGAGAAGUACAACAGAAUAUCUUGGGACUGGAUUCAGAACUAUGCCAUGUGA